AUGUUUACAUCGUAUUAUAUUUUAAUUUUUUUUUUUCCAGAGCCAUUUGGCGCAUCGUGUCUUUGGGCUGGACGAAAUGCAGCUGCGAAAUUUUUGCAACCACCCAUUGUUAAAAGGCGUUCAUUGUUUGCGCUGUAUUCCGAUUUAGACCAAUUGCCAAUUCCGAGAAACGAGGCGGAAUGUUUGUUGUCGAAUGCAUCCCUGGAUGUUGGGCCACCGAUGGAUAAGCCAGUUGUACGAUUUGUUGUUGAAUUCCUGAAUUUGAAUAUCAAAUUGUCAUUAGUAAAUACACAUGUACAACAGAUUGAGCCAUUCUUUGUUCGCAUGUUUCUGUAUGACUCACGUGCCGGACGUCGACUCUCCGAGGAAUUCGCGAUCGAUCCGAAUGGCAACGAAUUUGAUGCAGUAUUAAAAGCUGCUAAUAGUGUUGCUAGUGGAAAUAGGAAUGCUGCUGAAAAAAGUACUUUAGAAGAAGAUGGAAUCAAUACACUGCCACAGCGAGUGCUGGCCGAUAAGAAUGCUCGUAAAGCAUGGAUUGUUGGCUCUGUAAAAACUUGGCAUUUCAGGCCCGUAUUCCAAGAAAUGCUAGGAUGUGGAACGAAGUUGCCCAACGAAAUGCAGCUGUAUCGUUGUGACGGUAACAAACUAGGCGACGGUGAUCUACAGAAGAUUCUCGCUGACUUCUUUCGUGCCGAGAAGUCGGGAAAAUUAACAGCUGUACCGUCAGCAACUAUAAGCAUCAAUAUUGAUUUCUCGCCAAAAGCAUCCGAUCUGCCAAUGCAAAUCAGUCCGAGUUUCAUGCCGCUACGCCCAUGGAAUGCAGCAUCGGAUAGCCCUGCUGCAGCUUGCUUUGAAGCUCAAUCUUUCAACGAUUUUGUUGUCGAGCCACACACCAGCCUCUUCAAUCUGCUCUAUGUGUAUCCGCUCUCCCUCAAAUAUGACGGACAGAAAACAUUUAAUAAAGCGCGUAACAUCGUCUGUACAGUACGAUUUGUUUCGACCGCCGGAAGAGGAGACCCCUCACUGGUAAGUACUUCUGAUUUCGGGCAAUUUUACACUAAAUUGUUGUACAAUUUCUGCUAG